UCUAGCAUGAGUUAUAUUUACAUCAGCAGUGUUUUUGUCCACUGCAGCAUUCUGUUGCAAUUACGGAAUUGUUGUAUUGUAAUUUGCAAAAAAUGGCGCAUGAAAAGGCGUCCAUGAUAACUUUCACAAUUAAUCGCUCUGUGAAGUUUACAUUUGCUACAUUAGCAGGGGCGUCUGUUGGCUAUGCUUUGUGGAAAUGGCUUGGGGGUGGAGGGGAGGAAGGAAAACCGAAAUCUAGGCGAAGAAAGAAAACUGUUCCUGGCCUCCUUAAUGUUGGAAAUAGCUGUUUUAUGAAUGCUCUGCUCCAGUGUUUUGCAACAUGUCCUGCAUUUGUUGAAUGGCUGAAGAACUUUGUUGAACGAGUGAGGAUUGAUACAGACCAUGUUUAUAUGGCAGAUGUCUUACUGAAAAUUAUCGAAAUUUUAACUGGAGAUACAGAACUGCAGGACUAUUAUUUUGAUCCAUCAGAGCUCUUACAAGACAUGGGUGGCCGAGGUUGGCAGAUCUCAUCACAAGAGCAGGACACGCAUGAAUUCUUCCAUGCACUCAUGACAACUCUGCUUGAAGAAUAUCACCACCAAGUGGCCAGAGACACGAGACCAUUACAGAUAUUUGAAGUCAAAGAGCUUCUAUCAAAAUCCAGCCCAAGUUCAGGAAUAACCAGAGUUGCCAGAUUUCCAGUUAAAGACUGUUAUACACAGCCAUCAUCAUCUCCUUGUCCAGCUAAGACAUCAGACCCUCCAUUCAGAGGAACAUUAGCUUGUGUGCUUCAAUGUCAAACUUGUGGAUUCCAGAACCCUAUCAGGUACGAUGGUUUUGACAGUCUUAGCCUGCCACUGCCGUCUGGUCCUUCAUGGUCAAUGCAAACCAGUUUGCUGGAUUGUCUGAAAAACUUUACGGCACCAGAAGUUAUUAAGAAUGUUGAAUGCCAGAACUGUUCAACGCGUCAAGGGAAAGGCAUUCCACCGACUGCUGGUUCAUAUAACAACAACACAAAAGAAAUAAAAGAUAAAAUCAUAAAUGCUCAUCCAAAGAAGCUCGACAAAAAAGACAGCAUGUCAAAAAGCACUGAUAUUUUAGUGACAGAUGAUACACAAAAUAGUUCAAAUUUGGAAAUUACACCAUCUGAGACUCUCUUGAAAUCUUCCAAUGAAGGUGCUGUAGAAAUAAACACAAAGGGCAGUAUUCAAAGCAAAAUGGAAUCUGGAACUCUUUGGAAUGACAAAGAUCCUGUAACUUCAAAAGGAAGUAAAAUUGCAUCGAAUACUCCAAGCCAUGCUGAAUUAUUCCCCAAAGGUAGAAGCAUAUUAAACAGUACAAAUCAGGGCAGUGACUCUGAACUACACGAACAGAAUAAAAUAUCACUAACUGAGAUUGAGAAAGGAAGUAUUAAAAGUUCUUUAAACACUCAAAUUCAGACUCUGUCAUAUACCAAUAGUGAAACCAUGUUGACUGGCACUAAUCCAGAUAAUAAAGUUGAGCCACCAAGAAACGAUGGUAUAUCGUCCAAAGAAAUGUGUAAAAAUUCACAAAAUAUCCAAUCUCUGAGAAAUGAGAAUGUAUCGAAGCUAAAUAAUGACAGUGAACAUUCAUCUAUAACAGACAAUGAACAAUUUAAAACUAAGACUGGUUAUUUUACUACCAAUCAGGCACCAAGCUCUACCAGUUUAACUGGUAAUGGCCUACCAGAUGAGACCAUUACCAGUGCUGACAAUAACAUAAAACCCCAAAACCAAGAGAAUGUGGAAUCUGACAAUCCCAACACCAGUCUGUCACUGUCACCAACACAUACCAAUAAGACUGGCCUACCAGAUAAGACCAUACAAACUGUACCAGAGACCAUGCCACCAGUCUAUGACUGUAAUAAGCAAUCUACCAUAGAUAUUUCUCCAACUACUCAAAAUGGUGGUGUUGGUAACGAUAAAAAUAUCAUGAGCAAUGCAAAAGAAAACAGUACUGUUCAGAAUCAAAAUGGAAGUCUGAUGGCUGAUAACCUAUUUUGCGUCCCUGAUCCGUCUAGUAUUGUCAUCAAAAACGUUGGAAAUUUUAGAAAAGGGGUUCACAAUGAUUCUAUCAGAAAUAUAGCAAAAUCAUUCAAAAAUCCUUUUCCAAAAGUUAAUUUUGGAAGUCAAAGAAAGAAAUUUGAGAGGUAUUAUCAAAGACGCUCCCGAGGGUAUAAAUUUGAUGGAGAAAAUGAAUAUAUUCCAACGAAACGUAAUUUUAUUCGUCGCAUGUGUAUUGGUAAACUACCAGACUGUUUAUGCAUGCAUCUUCAGCGCCUCGUGUGGAUCGGUGGAAUGCCAACCAAGAAAAUGAACUUUGUGAAAUUUCCUGAAAUUCUUGACAUGGGACAGUUUACAGAAUUAUCUCGUAUUACGUCCCUAAAGAAGCGUCAAAAUUCGGAAUCGAUCGAAAAGCAAGCAGGACAGUUGAAACCAUCUGAAAUGCUGGAAGCAUUGCUCAAAAAAAGGCAACAGAGAUUGGAAUCUCUACCAAUGGGUCUUCAAGGUGGUUCACACAGAUCUGCUGCUUCUACUACAAUUGGGUCUCACAAGGCUCUAUAUCGUUUGACAUCUGCGAUUGUUCAUAUUGGGGACUCAAGCUUCUGUGGCCAUUUUUUUACAUAUCGAAGAUCACCAGAUAAAGAUAAUGAAUGGGUGUGCGCUUCGGACACCCUGGUAAGAAAAGCCACUCAAGAGGAGGUGAUGAAUUGUCCUGCCUAUAUGUUAUUCUAUGAAAGAAUAAAAGAAUAAUUACAAGCGUUUGGUACUUGUGUGUCAAGUCAAGUUAGCACAACACAAAGUGGACUGGCCAUCUCGGUCUCGAGUAAUGUCUAAGCCCUGCAAAAUUUUGUGUCGUGAACUUGGUUCAGAACCGAAUCUUAAAUAUUAAGAAUAUUUCGUUAUAAUUUUUUGAUCCGAAUAAAUGAAAUCUAUGUUUUAUUGUUGA